CCCCGUCGUGCAGGUCGGUCCUUUUCGAGGAGUAGGCUUGAACGGAUUGCUCCUCGCCCCCUCGACGCCAUCGACGCACGCACACUUCGUCUUCCGCCUGUCGCACUUCGUGCUGCAGUCUCUCAGAAGCUUUCCUCAUAUUGUUACAGCGGAAUUGAGUGGUGGUCAGCGUUCAUUCUAUACACGGGUGUGACACGGCUGCUGUUGUCGUUUAACUGGUUGCAGUGUUGCUUUCCAUACCUCAUACACGCCGUUCAAAAUGAGGCCAAUUUUGUUGAAGGGGCAUGAGAGACCUCUCACCUUUCUCAAGUAUAACAGAGAUGGCGAUCUUCUCUUUUCCUGCGCCAAAGAUCACAACCCCAACGUAUGGUUCGCAGACAAUGGAGAAAGGCUGGGAAACUACAAGGGGCAUAACGGAGCCGUAUGGUGCUGUGAUGUGACUCGUGACUCGAGAUUUCUGGUCACUGGUUCAGCCGAUCAAUCGGCGAAGUUGUGGGAUGUGGAAACGGGUGUCCAGUUAUAUUCCUUCACUUUUGAGACUCCCGCCAGGUCGGUCGCGUUUUCAGAGGGCGAAAAGUUGCUGCUGAUCACAACGGAUCCUUUCAUGGGAGCUCCUUCGGCCAUCCACAUCAAGCGGGUCGAAGCUGAGCGAACGGAGCAAACGCAGGAUUCUAUCGAGAUUAUCAAGGGUCAUGUCGGAAGGGUGACCCGAGCUGUGUGGGGCCCUUUGAAUACAACCAUCAUCAGCUGCGGUGAAGACGGAACGAUAAGGCAGUGGGAUGCCUCGAAUGGAAAGGAGCUCAAUAUGAAGGAGGCCCAUUCAAAGAAUAUUCAGACGCUUUCGAUGUCAGCAGAUGGGUCACAUUUCAUUACAGCUUCGGCAGACAAGAGUGCCAAGCUCUUUGACACCAGAACGUUCGAGCUCCUUAAGACUUACCAAGCAGAAAGGCCGAUCAACGCUGCUGCUAUUUCACCGCUGCUUGAUCAUGUUGUGCUUGGAGGAGGUCAGGAGGCAAGAGAUGUGACAACGACGUCCUCCCGUGCUGGAAAGUUUGAAGCCAAGUUUUACCACAAGAUCUUUGAAGAGGAGAUUGGAGGCGUGAAGGGGCAUUUUGGUCCCAUCAAUGCACUUGCGUUCAAUCCUGAUGGCAGGAGUUUUGCAAGUGGAGGAGAGGAUGGCUACGUCCGGGUUCAUCACUUCGAUGCGGAGUACUUCACCAUGAAGGUCUAAGUGUUGCAGCUCAUGCCGUUCCUCUUUUUCUGUAGUAAAGGAGGUGACUUCGGUUGCAACCAGUCACCUGCAUUGUGCACGCGAUUGGGGUUGGUGGGGUGAAAGAGGGGGGGGGUUAAGAGAAAGACACGUGUAAGGCACUGUUUGGAGCAAAAAACUACCCAUUGUUCUUACACCGGCUAGGGUGGGUUUUGCAGAUGGGCUGGAGUUAUUGCCAGUGCUGCAGGCUGCCUGACGUGGUAGCCUUUCAUUUUGAAUUUUGAGUGUAGAAUCGGGAUUUGGUUGUAAACCCAAGAAGAAGCUGAGCAGAGGACUGAGCAGUGGCUCUCUGCCCACUCACUCAUUGUCGAUGUUGGAAGAGCUAGUGGAGUGGCUUGCAGUGGGGGCAGCUCUUUCAUGGGAUGGGCCUUUUCUUCAGCAGAAGUCAGUCAGUUCUUAGGUAAAUUGUGGUGUAGCUUUUCAUUUCUGGGAAGAGAGAGAAGAGUGCAUGUAUACGGCACCCUCAGUUGCCUCGUCAGGGAUAAAUUUUCUUCCGGAUUAUUGCCUCGAAGAGGUCUAUCGAUAUCAAUCAGUGAAUGGGCUGGAUGGCCGUUGAUUUUUUUUAACUCAGUCAUACAAUUCAGAUGCGCAAUCAUAAAAACAAGGACACAUUCGAAGCCAUUGUCCUCUUAGGAAGGUGAGACCUUGUGUGUAUGUGUGUGUGUGUGUGUGUGUGUGUGUGUGUGUGUGUGUGUGUNUGUGUGUGUGUGUGUGUGUGUGUGUGUGUGUGUGUGUGUGUGUUGUCAUGUUCAAUGUACACGACACAAAAAUAGCAUGAUUUUGCUGGACUGUUUUGUCUGACUUUCACCAACUCAUUGGGAGUGUGUGUGUGUGUGUGUGUGUGUGUGCAGAGUGGGGCUCCGUGUGUGGAAAGGUAUCUGGCAAUGUGUAGGGACUUUUUGGUAGCCUCGUAUAUGUUCCACGUGUUGUAUGUCAUCAUGUCGUUCCAAAACUUGCUGUGUGAUGAUUGUUUAUGUGUAAUCUUGGUUGGAGGAGUUUGUGCGCUAUGGUGACUGUAUGCAAUCUGUUUCAGUGAUGAUGGCAUCAGUGGCAUGAAAUUCUUUUGGACUGCUCAACCUCCUUCGCUGUCGUCAUUGUGCUUGUGAUCAG